AUGCUGGAAUGGCGAGGAGUGACAUCAGCGAGUCGUGUUUACGGGAACGCGAGUUAUGAAAUCUCGGACGACCUUCAACGGCGGACAACUGCAGUACUUGAAAGGCGGUACGAUGGUCGGGAUCGGGCUCACCGUGCCGCUACGAUAAUUCAACGCGCCUACAGACACUACAAGAUGAGUUCGAGGUUUAAGCAGAUGACCGGUGAACAUUCCCAAGGAGCGAGUUCGCAUUCCAAUGGUUUCACUACUCCCGAUCGUACAAGAUAUGCACCAACGACAUCGUUGAGCGCCCAAUUGCGAGCCGAUCGAACUACUCAUUCAAUGGUUAAUGAUCGAUCACGAACUCGAAGUCCUCCAUCUCCGUCACCGAGAGGCCGACAGGAGUACAGUAUGAUUGAUUCAUUGAUGUCUCCGCGAUUGACUUCUCGUCGAGUUCCACAAUCAAUGUCAUCUCAUCCACUACAUCCAUCAGCGCACAGUUCGUCAGGCAUUCAACCGACGCAUUAUUCGGCGUCCACUAUUUCAAUGUCACCAUCGACGAUUCAUUCCACUUCUUCAUCCGUCUCACAGGAUCAUCCACUUCAGAAUGGCUACAUUCCACCACAUGUACAGAAUGCCUAUCAACAAAAUGUCUGGGUGCAAAGAGGCAAUGGAGCUUUUCAUCAAUCGGCCAUGCAUUGCAACAGUUUGCCCCGAUUGGAGAAGAAACAUAGGAAGCAGCGACCCGAAGAACCAAUCUGCACUCCGAGAAGAUUGAGUGAACUUGAACGCAAGAGACAGUACCGAAUAGCCCUUAACUUUUUCAAUAAGAAACCAGAGCGAGGAAUUCAACUCUUGAUUGCCUGGGAGUUUGUCGAUGAAAGCGCGGAAAGUGUAGCAAAGUUGUUAUUUGGCCGUCGCGUGGACAUCCGUGGUCUGGACGUCGACGUGGCGUUGCGAAAGUGCAAUCACUUUUUUCGAUUGCCCGGAGAAAGUCAAAAGAUUGAGCACAUCAUGGAGAACUUUUCUUUGCACUACGCCCGAUCGAAUCCAGCUCGUGCUUUGCAAUUUCAUGGAGGCCACAAGACGGUGUUCAUUUUGUCCUACGCUAUUAUCAUGUUGAACACGGACUUGCAUAAUAAGAACGUGAAACAGUCGGAAAGGAUGAAAAAGGACCAAUUUAUUAACAACUUGAGAGGAAUCGAUGAAGGAGGGAAUAUUGACAGAGACAUGUUGGGGGCGAUUUAUGAUCGAAUCAAAGAAGAGGCUUUUCAACCAGGAGAUGAUCACGUAGCACAAGUGGCAAGAGUGGAGAGCGCUAUUCUUGGACAAGGAAAACCGCGUCUUUCCGAAUCCCAUCGAAGAUUGGUUUGCUACUGUCGACUUAACCAGAUUGUUGACAUAUCAAAAAAGCAACCAUCAACAAGCCACGAAAGAGAUGUGUUUUUGUUUAACGAUAUGAUUGUGAUAACAAAAGCUUCCGGAGUUCGUCGGCAUUCACCAUCACAACAAUACACCCUCCGGGCUCAUUCAUCACUUUUUGGAGCUCGAGUUGAGACCUUUUCUCGUGGAACUUAUGACUUCGGGAUUCGAUUGACUACUCCAGAUCAUCAAACUUUGGAUUUUAAUGCAAGAAAUCACGACGAUCGUUGCCGUUUUGUUGCUGAUGUCGGUGAAUCAAUUCUCGAAUGUCACGGAAUGGAAUCUGUGCGAAUUGAGUUGGAGAUGGAGAGAAUAUCGCUGCGUACGGACUCUCAACGGGACUCUGGUCUUCCGGACGGUGAAGGGGACGAUGAUGGAGAUAGAACGACAACGAUGCUACCCUCGGAAAGUGAUGCCUCGGAGAGUGGCCCGUCGAAGUUGUCGAAGAUGGCCGCGCUUUUGAACAGGAAUCGAAAAACGCAAAUUAAAGAGACACAGGUUGGAGAAACGAGCAGCGCAAAGAGUGAAAUCACGCCCGAGAUGCGAGCCUCGUCAUUGGGAACUUUUUGGGGCCCGGGAAAAACGGGUGACUCUUCGAAUGGAAAGCAAAGUGGUGGGAAAUCGACAAAUGUGGAAGAAGAAUCGGAGAUCGAUCGAGAAAUUCGUGAGCGCCGAGAAGCGCUUUUGGGGGAACGAAUAAAACGAGCUAAAGCUGCGAUCUUGCGAGAAGCGGAGCGUGAGAAAAGCAAUGGACGACUUGAGACGAGACCCAUUGCGAACAAGGAGUUUCUCUCACGAACUCUCGACUCAAUCGUUUCCAGUGAUCGACGAGAAGAAAAACGACGCGAACGAGCACAAGAGGCACAUCAUCAGAGGGAACGCGAAAAGGAACAAGAAGUUCUGCAACGUUUACGCGAUCGCGAAAGGAGGGAAGCUAGAAGAGAUGAACGAAAAACGAGGGACACUUCAAAGGAGAAGCGGCAGAAAGGGGAGCCAAGAUCACCGAGCCGGAGUCGAAGCAUCGAAAUUAUCGAUGUCUCAUCGAAGAGCGUGAAAGAAAAGAAGAAGAAAGAAGAAAAACAAAAGAAGAAGGAUCGAAAUCGCAAAAACCGAAGCGGAAGUCGACAGGAUUCAAAGAAGAAGCACAUAAAAGAAAAAACGAAACACGAAGAC